UAGAAAAAGGUCAAAACACAAGUAUUCACGAACAGAGAGAGCGAGGAACGAAUGGAGAAAUAUGGAGAACUGAAAAAGGCUGUAGAGAGAGUGGAGAUCGUGGACGCCCACGCGCACAAUAUCGUUGAUCUCGAUUCCAGUUUUCCCUUUCUCAGGUGCUUCUCCGAAGCCGAGGGUGACGCCCUAUCCUUCGCACCCCACACUCUCUCCUUCAAGAGAAGUUUGAGGGAUCUUUCUAGAUUGUACGGCUGUGAGGCAACCUUGAAUGGGGUUGAAAGUCACCGCAGAUCAUCUGGGUUGCUUUCAAUUGGCUCAAAAUGCUUUCGUGCCUCCAAGAUAUCUGCAGUCUUUAUUGAUGAUGGAAUUGAGUUUGACAAGAUGUAUGACAUUGAGUGGCACAGGUGUUUCGGACCAGCUGUGGCUAGAAUAUUAAGGAUUGAACAUUUGGCUGAGAAGAUUCUCGAUCAAGAGAUACCCAGUGGGUCACAAUGGACACUGGAUAUGUUCACUGAAAUCUUCACGACAAAGUUGAAAUCAUUUGCUGAUAAAAUUGUGGCAUUGAAGAGCAUUGCUGCGUACCGAAGCGGUCUAGCAAUUGAUACACAUGUUAGUAAGGAGGAUGCAGAGGAAGGUCUUCUUCAAGACUUAAGAGCCAAGAAGCCUGUUCGUAUCCAGAAUAAGGGUUUAAUUGAUUAUAUCUUUACCUGUAGUUUGGAAGUCGCAUUAUGCUGUGACUUACCUAUGCAGAUACACACAGGCUUUGGAGAUAAGGACUUGGAUUUGAGGCUUUCUAAUCCCCUUCAUCUACGCACCCUUCUCGAGGACAAUCGAUUUUCUAAGUGCCAGAUUGUGAUCCUACAUGCAUCCUAUCCAUUUUCGAAGGAGGCAUCAUAUCUAGCCUCUGUUUACUCACAGGUCUACCUUGACUUUGGGUUGGCAGUGCCAAAGCUUAGUGUUCAUGGAAUGAUUUCUGCAGUCAAAGAACUUCUAGAGCUUGCUCCAAUAAAAAAGGUGAUGUUCAGCUCUGAUGGCUAUGCAUUUCCUGAAACUUUCUACUUAGGUGCAAAGAGAGCACGUGAAAUUGUCCUAUCUGUUCUAUGUGAUGCAUGUGAUGAUGAUGACCUUACAAUUCCUGAAGCUGUGGAGGCAAUAGAAGAUAUCUUUAAAGAAAAUGCACAUCGUCUUUAUAAGAUGAACCGCGUUGUUGGUUCUGAUACAAAAGAAUCUCUAUCUUGCAACAUGGAAUUGAUACUGAAAAGCACUACUCCACCAAAUGAUGUUGUCUUUGUUCGCAUCCUUUGGGUUGAUGCUUCUGGGCAACACCGAUGUCGGGUAGUUCCAGCUAAGCGCUUCUAUGAAGUUGUAAAGAAUAACGGUGUAGGAUUGACUUUUGCAUCAAUGGGAAUGAGUUCAACUUGUGAUGGGCCAGCAGAAGGGACUAAUCUUACUGCCGUGGGUGAGAUUAGGCUAAAACCUGAUUUGUCAACCAAGUGGAGGCUUCCAUGGGCAUGCCGAGAGGAAAUGGUUUUGGCUGACAUGCAGCUAAAGCCUGGUGAAGCUUGGGAAUAUUGUCCAAGAGAAGCCCUGAGAAGGAUUUCAAAAUUCUUGAAGGAUGAAUUUAAUUUGGAAAUGAAAGCAGGCUUUGAAAAUGAAUUUUAUCUUUUAAAGAAUGUAUUAAGAGAUGGGAGAGAUGAGUGGAUUCCAUUUGACUCAACCCCCUACUGCUCUACUUCAGGAUUUGAUGCUGCGUCUUCAAUUCUACAGGAAGUAAAUGCUGCUCUAGAAUCAAUGGAUAUUUCUGUAGACCAGCUACAUGCAGAAUCGGGGAAAGGCCAAUAUGAAAUAGCACUUGGGUAUACAGUUUGUACUCGUGCUGCUGAUAACUUGAUUUUUGCCCGUGAGGUUAUUAGGUCUGUUGCUAGAAAGCAUGGCUUAUUGGCAACUUUCGUGCCCAAGUACUCUUUGGAUGAUAUUGGCUCUGGAUCUCAUGUGCAUUUAAGUUUAUGGGAGAAUGGAAAGAAUGUUUUUAUGGCAUCCGAUGGACUGGAUACUCAAUAUGGCAUGUCAACAAUUGGAGAGGAGUUCAUGGCAGGAGUUCUAUGUCACCUUUCUUCAAUCAUGGCAUUUACAGCUCCACUUCCAAAUAGUUAUGAUCGGAUUCAACCAAAUACAUGGAGUGGAGCCUUCCUUUGUUGGGGAAGAGAAAACAGAGAAGCUCCUUUGCGGACCGCAUGCCCGCCUGGGAUAUCUGCUGAACUCGUGAGCAACUUUGAAAUUAAAUCUUUUGAUGGUUGUGCAAAUCCACACCUAGGUCUGGCUUCAAUCAUGGCUGCUGGGAUCGAUGGCCUCCGGAGAAAGCUAAUGUUGCCUGAACCUGUCGAAACAAAUCCUUCUAGUCAUGGUGCACCGCUUCAAAGGUUGCCAAAAGAACUCCAUGAAUCUGUAGAAGCUCUUGAUAAUGACAAGUUUAUGAAAGAUCUUAUUGGUCAAAAGCUUGUGACAGCUAUAAUAGGUGUUCGUAAGGCAGAGAUUGACUACUAUUCAAAGAAUAAGGAUGGAUACAAGCAACUUAUACAUCAAUAUUAAUGAGCUGAGAGAGUUUCAAAUAAUCGGUUGGUCAGAACAGAUCCCUCAUUGGGCAGUUCUUGUGAUUCUUAGUUUACAGGGAAAAUGGCACUUUCAAUUUCCUUUCCAUCUUGUAGGUCAUCUAAUUAUUAAUAUCAACUAUGUAUUUGGAACAUUAAAUUAAAAAAAUAAUACAGACUUUGUUGUGGGAA